AGUCGAAAAAUCGUCGUCGUCGCCGCCGUUUGCCUCGCAUUUUGCACUUUGCGGUCAGCUCGAAAUUUUUAUUUUGGAUUUAAACGUGUGCUCCUCGCCGUCUAUAUAUAUCACUAUAUAUAAUAUCCGUCUAUAUGAGCGGCCAUAUCGUAAUCGGUUCUAUCGGGUCCUACAAAUAAUUCGAUUCAAAUUGCCAACGUAAUUUGACAACAGUCAAUAAAUAAACAAAUAAAAAGGUGUACAAAUAUCGUUUAGAUUUCAAAACGCUGAGCUCAUUAUUUCUGGCUGAUUAGCAUAAAAAUCGUAAAGCUCUAAAGCGGCAGUGAAAUAAUACAAAUUAUGUUUCUUACAUAGUAUAAAUGAGUGUUGUUUGAUUAACACCAGUCCCUUAGUAAUUUAAAGUGAAAUAAGUCUGAAUAGUGACCCAGUGGCAUAGUUAAACCGUCUUAUCAGCCAGCACCGUUUUAAAUCCAAUCUAAUACAAUCUAACAAACUACAAUUGUUUCGUGGGCUGUGUAGAAGCACCAAAUCACGUGCUUAUAAUUUCAAUACUUGUUCGUGUUAAUUAGUGUUAAAUACAGUCGCUAUCGCGCUUGUUUUCUAGUCGGGCAGAACAAUUGUAAAUCUGCCCGAAUAUCAUUUUCCCAGCUGUGAUUCCCUUACAAAUUUAUGCUCCACUUUCAUGUUAUGGAAUUUUCAAUGGACUCCAAAAAAACUAAAAGGCACAAAUCAAAACCCAAAUGAGCAGCACCUGAGCGAUCCGGCUGGCUCGCCCUCCACCGCCAGUCCCAAUAAUAGCAACACUGCGACAGCUGCAGCAGCUACAACAACAUCAACAACAAUAGCAACUGGGAACGCUGCGGCGGGAGGAGCGGGCGGAGGAGGCGCAGGGGGCGUGGCGACACCAACAAAGAGCCCCCAGCGUAACGCUUUCCAGGAAGAUGCUUAUCAGGCAAACGCGGCUGGCGGCGAUAGCGUCGAUAACGUUGAAUCAGCUCAAUCGGAAGGCAAUCCGAGCGGUGGAUCGCCCGGCCAGCGUCACUCGAUAAACUCGGCGGAAUACACAUCCACACCGAAGACCAGUCGGAAUGGUCCGAGUAGCACGACCGCCAGCGGGACAACUUCGCCAAUUAAUUACCAGCUGCCCGGCGAUGACUAUCCGUAUGGCAUAGAGUAUGAGUCACAGCAACUGCAAUACCAGCAACAGCAACAUCAGCAGCAGCAGCAGCAGCAACAACAACAGCCGCAACAGCAACAACAGCAGCAACUUUUGCCAGUUAGCGGAGUGGAGCAAUCGCCAGCGAUUACCUACCAAAAUUUGCCGGCCAGUCGCCAAAGUUACGCUUCACCGCCAGCUCUGGUGAUUCCCCAGCGGCAGUCACUGCUUCCGUGGGGCGCCCACUCAAGGAGCUCGAUCAUCAACGUCCUGCCCAGUUACACUCAGGCCGAGAUGCAUGCCCUGGCCGCCAGCGUGGCCAGCGUGGAGAUCUCCGCUCCACGGCCUGGUGAGAUUGUGAUGCGUAACCUGUUCAGUGAUUUUACUGUCCAGGCGGAGAAGAAGAUCGAGCUGGUGAUGCUGGAGAGUGCCGACAAGAAUCUAUCGAAGCUGCUGCAACGCGGUGAGGAUCAGCAGUUUGAUCAGCUCCUGUCUGCCCUGGGUUCUGUGGCUGAGCACUGUCUGCCCUCGUUGCUGCAUACUCUGUUAGCGUGGCAUCGCCGACAGUUGUCCGACAUGGAGAUUAAAAACGACCUGAAGAAACCACCGCCGAGUGGUAGCAACUCGCAGGCGGCGAGCAACAAACCGACAGUGGAUUUGGAUUUCCAGCUGCAGCGUAGGGAAGCGGCUGUUGAAUUCAUUUUCUGUCUGGCUCUCAUCGAGAUCCUCAAACAGUUGCCCUAUCAUCCGGGUCACGAGGAUCUGGUGCGCAGCAUCGAGAAUCUGGCCUUUAAACACUUUAAGUAUAAGGAUGGGCUGCAGAACAAUCCGAAUGCGAUUAACAUCCACAUGAUCGCCGAUCUGUAUGCAGAGGUAAUUGGAGUGCUGGCCCAAAGUCGGUUUGCGUCGGUGCGCAAGCGUUUUAUGAGCGAACUGAAGGAGCUGCGCGGCAAGGAGGUGUCGCCCACGACCACCCAGAGUAUCAUAAGUCUGCUGAUGGGCAUGAAGUUCUUCCGUGUGAAAAUGGUGCCCAUCGAGGAGUUCGAGGCCUCGUUUCAGUUUAUGCACGAGUGCGGCCAGUACUUCAUGGAGGUCAAGGACAAAGACAUUAAGCACGCAUUGGCGGGACUGUUUGUGGAGAUUCUGGUUCCUGUAGCGGCGGCCGUCAAGAACGAGGUGAAUGUGCCCUGCGUAAAGAACUUUGUGGAACUCCUUUAUGUGCAGACCUUGGAUGCCUCCACGAAGUCCAAACAUCGCUUGGCCCUCUUUCCGCUGGUCACCUGCCUGCUGUGCGUCUCACAGAAGACCUUCUUCCUGACCAACUGGCACUACUUCCUGGCCAUGUGCCUGAGCAACCUAAAGAAUCGCGAUGCCAAAAUGAGUCGCGUGGCUCUGGAGUCUUUGUACCGUCUGCUCUGGGUCUACAUGAUCCGCAUCAAGUGCGAGUCCAACUCAGCCACCCAUUCCCGCCUGCAGAGCAUCGUGAACUCCCUGUUUCCCAAGGGUUCCAAAGGAGUAGUGCCGCGUGACACCCCGCUGAAUAUCUUCGUUAAGAUCAUCCAGUUCAUCGCCCAGGAGCGUCUGGAUUUUGCGAUGCGCGAAAUCGUAUACGAUCUGCUGUGCGUGGGUCGCUCCAUCAAGCUGAUCCUCAAUCCAGAGCGCAUGAGCAUUGGACUGCGAGCCUUCCUAGUCGUCGCCGACUCACUGCAGCAGAAGGCGGGUGAGCCGCCGAUGCCCAGGACGGUUCCAGCCCUGCCAUCUGGAAACACACUACGUGUGAAGAAGACGUAUAUCAACAAGAUGCUGACGGACGACACCGCGCGGAGCAUUGGCAUGUCGACGUAUUUCCCGCAUGUACGUCGCGUGUUUGUGGACAUUUUGAGGGCUCUGGAUGUGCACUACGGACGUCCAUUGAUGAUGACUAACACGCAGAACCAGAACAAGGAGCCCGACGAGAUGCUGUCCGGUGAGCGGAAGCCGCGCAUCGAUCUCUUCCGGACGUGUGUGGCUGCCGUGCCGCGUUUGAUACCCGAUACGAUGACGGCUCACGAACUGGUGGACCUGCUCUCCCGACUGAGUGUUCACAUGGACGAGGAGCUGCGUAUUCUGACGCACCAGUCGCUCACGACUCUGGUCAUCGACUUUCCGGAUUGGCGUCAGGAUGUCGUGCACGGUUACACACAGUUUCUGGUGCGCGACGUCACCGACACCUAUCCGCAGCUGCUGGAGAACUGCACACGCAUCCUGUUCAACUUCCUCAACAUCUGGCGGUGUGCCAUAAUUGUGAACGGCAAUAGCACAGCCAGUGCUCCGAGUGCGUCUGCGAGUGCGGCAAACACAGCCACACAGCCCAAAGUGGCCGCAGCCACCGCCACUGCCACAGUGGGACCAGUGGUGCAGGGCCCUGUGGUGCAGGUGCAGGUGCAGGUGCAGGGCACAGCGGCAGCUCCGGCCAAGGACACUGCCAACAGUCAGUUGUCUAAGCAACAGCAUUUGAAUACGGCCAGCAGUGCCGCCUCCAGCAUCACCACCUCGAGCGGCAUGUCGAGCAUCACACAGCACACAGUGCUGAACAUGGCCAGCGAUGUGGCCAAAAAGAAUGAGAUUCCGCUGGCCACCACUCUGCAUUUCGUUGAGGGUUUUGCCUUGGUCUUGCUCUGCAACUAUCGACCCUAUCUGCGCAAACUGGCCGCCAUGAUUCUCAAGGAGGUGAAGAAUCUGAUGCGUGCACUGGGCAUUCCGGAAACGGAACCGCCUCUCAUCGAUGUCAUGGAUCGCUGUGUGCCGGCCAUCGUCGAGAAGUGUCUGCCACUGCUGCCGCAGACGGAGAAGACGGCCAUUCUGAAUGCCAAUUGCAUUGACCUGCAGUGGAUAGCGGAGCGGUCGAGUGGAGUGUGGCUGGCGGGCCUAACAGAUGACAACUCAAAGUCCUCCACGUCUACGCUCAACCUGUCGCAGUCUAGCUCAACGGCGAAUGCCUCGGCUACGGUGGCCAGCUCUCCGCAACCCCCCUUCGAUCCGUGGGCCACCUGCUUGUUUGGACUGCUGGAAAGGCAGCGCAUCCUGCAGCAAUGUCCAUCGGCGGUGGCUCAGGCCUGGCCAAUUUGUUUCACGCGCCUGAAUGCGUUGUACAGUGUCAUAGAUCCCACCCCCGUGAGCGACAAUCGGGCUUCAUUGCUGCGAAGCUCGGCGCCCACCAAGAAAGUGCCCACCGAGAGCCAAAAGGAUUCGUAUCUGCGUCUUUGGAGGAACCAAGUGGCAUGUGCCAUGCGAUUGGUGCCUCAAAUCCCCAGUGUUGCCGUUCGUUGUGCGUCACCUGAUUUGAGUUUGAGUUUACAAGAUCAGUCGGACUCGCGUUCGCUGUCCGAUUCCCUGGACAAUAUACCAUCCAAUGUGUUUGGGCCCGAGGGAAUCGUCACGCGUUUCACGCUGCCACUCUCCUAUGGACGCAAAGAGGCGCGCCAAAAACGACUUGGCUCAUCGCCGGACUCCCUGAACGCCGAUCGCAGUGACAAGUCAGCGAUGGGUAGCGCCUCCCCACACGCCCUUUACAAACUAGUGGUUCCGCUGCUCCGCUGCGAAGUCGUGGAUGUCCGGGAUGCGGCAGUGAACGCCCUGGGCCUGAUAAACCAUGAUGCGCUCAAGGAUUUAAUGGAGGAGCUGGUGGUGUACAUCCGGGAGGCGGUGGAUCGCAAGCAGGAAAACAUGCGAAGGAGGCGGAGACGCGAUGCCUUGCGCCUGCAGGUGGUGCGAGUGCUGGAGAAGAUUGCCGAGAACGGAACCUUUGGUGUAAGCACCUGUGUGCUGGAACGCGACACGAUGUCGCUGCAUCCCACCUUCGUGGAGUAUAUCGAGGGGGCCAUGGCCUAUCUAAUGGCUGAGACGGACAAGGAUAAUCUGAGCAUUCGCGAAGUGAAGGCUCACUUUUGCAAUUUCAUACGCAAGAUGAUUAAGAACUUCUCACUCGAAUCCUGUGCCACGCUGCUUUCUCGGGUUCUCAAGCGUAAUCUGUUCAAUUUGUUUGCCGCAUGGUGCGGCAAUUUUUCCAAGCCGCUGGGCAUUACCAUGCAGAUUGGCCAGACCCUCGAGGAGGAGAAGUUGCAGUUCAGCGCCCUGCAGGCCAUGUCCGCCCUGCUCUGUUGCGGUCACAUCUUCUAUGCGCCUCAUCUACAAGAUGACGGCAUCAUAUACAAGUGGCUGGAUCUGCUGCUGACCUCCAAGGACGAAAAGAUUUACCAACUGGCCCGGGACACAGUUGUGCUGCUGCUGGAAUCAAAUCCGGAUAUGGGACAGCUCCUGGAGUGGGUCAUAGAUCGGUGCUAUACGUCGACACCGCGCGAAGCGGAUGCCUGCUUCCUUGCCCUGGCCUCGAUCUUCAGUGCCAAGGAAUAUCCGUGCGACCAUUACACAUCUGUGAUAACAGUGACGCUCCUGAUGACAGGCUGUCCCCGUGUGGAGGUGCAUGCAACGGCGUUGCAACUGCUGCAGAUCCUGGACAAGCGCUUUUUCGGCAGCGUGGUGGGCACUCUGCACAGCGACAACGAGAAAGAGGACGACAAGGUGGGCACCCUGGAUGUUUUGCUAAGCAGUGCCUACUGCCGUUCCCAGCGCUUCCUAUCCAAACAGUUGGCCCAGCUCCGUCCCGAGCUUACCAUGUCCAUCUUUUCCGAAAUAACCCAUCGCUUUCAGAGCGCACGUGAGGAUGUGCGCGCCCUGCUGCUGCAGUGCCUCCUUCCUUGGCUGCAGAAUAUGGAGCUGGUGGCCACCAGUGUGCCGCCCGCCACUCCACUGUCCUACAUUAUGUAUUUUCCGGAUUCCGGGACUCGCGGGCGACGCGAGGGCACCGGGUCGACAGAGGCCACGGAAAUGAUUCUGAACAAUCUCUUCUACAUCACGGCGAAGUUCUCGGACGCCCAUCCACGCGACAUUGAGGAGUUGUGGGGCACUCUCUGCCAGUUUUGGCCGAACAACCUGAAGGUUAUCCUUCGCUACCUGGUCAUCAUGAGUGGCAUGGCUCCCACUGAACUGCUUCCCUAUGCCAAGCGGGUUGCUCUUUAUCUGGUGCGUAGCUGUCCGGAUCGGUUACUAGAUGAGCUCAUGGCUGAGCUGCAGACCGUGGAGACGCUCAACUGUUUAAUUGAGCGCACGGAAACGCCACCUUUCUAUCGAUUGACCAGCAUGCGAAAGGCCUCCAGCCACAGUGCAGAUGGACAAGCUGUAGGUGGCAUUAACGACUCCAGGAUUCAGGACUUGGCCGUCGAAAAGGGCACUAUUCACACCAAGCGGCACAGCGGCGAGGAUCCCAUUAAAAUUGGAACCUGCAAAUCGGACAGCGGUAUUCGCGCCUAUACACAAGCAGCAGCGGCUGCUGCCGCCGCUGCAGUUACUCCAGGAUCCAGUGGUAGUCGACCACCGCGAGGGGCUGAUAAAAUCCGUGCUGCUUCAGGACCCUCUAUACUGCCCCGGCCAGAGGAUAUACUGAUCAACGAUCCGGAGCUGCGCCAGGAGGAGAACGUUGAGUUGCGAGGUGCCUCGGAUGCCCCACCCAAUGCCCAUCCGCAUCCACUACCUAUGCCGGAAUACGGUGGCUACUUUGCACCGCUCACCGAGUUUCUACCCGAUGUCAGUUUGCCUAUCAGCGGUUUCCACAGAUGCAACGUGGCCGUGAUGCUGCUCACGGACAUUGUGGUGGACGGGAUUCCGGGCAUGGACUGGACCCUGCACCUGCCGCUGAUGCUGCACAUCCUGUUCCUGGGCCUGGACCACACGCGCAUCAUUGUGCGCGAGCACUGCAAGCAGCUGUGCGUCAACCUGCUGAUUGUGCUGGCGGAGCACAACGACCACCUGACGGUGGCCCGCAUCCUGCUAAACAGCGAGACCAGUAAACUCGAUCUGGGUCUGACGGUGCCUGCCCUGCCGGUGAUUGACAACAACUUCACGGAGCUGCACCAGCAGUUCGAUAGCUAUCUGCUGCACGUGAGUCCCCAGGCGGCGGCCUAUGCGCUGCAGCACAAUCUCUCCAGCUCCACGAUCAUAGCGGCGCACCAGCAGAGUUUGUCACAAACGCAGCAGAAUCAGCUGCCGGUGGGCAACACGAGUACCACGCCACCUGGGCUGAACGCCACUCUUCCGGCUGCCCUGCAAAUAAACCCGAACAACUCGGAGAACUCGGAGGUGCCGCUGAUCCAUCCCGAUGAGCAUGCUCCACCGCAGCCGGGUCCCAGUAUGCCCAUUGCCCAUGUGAUCAAGAGCCUGCUAAAGUUCCUCGCCCAGGACACGUGUCAGCCGCUGUGGAACUACGAGGACAUCACGGCCAAGGUGUGGGCCGUCAAGUCGGCCGAGCAGUUGAGUUGUUUCCUCAAGCACAUGGUCAAGGUGUUUGCGGAUAGUUAUCCGCAGGCUCGCAUCGCUGAGCGCUGGGCCCAGACUGCCCUCCAGUUGGGCCUGUCCUGCUCAUCGCGUCAUUACGCAGGACGCUGUCUGCAGAUCUUCCGGGCCUUAAAUGUGCCCAUCAACUCGCGGAUGCUGUCGGAUAUACUCUCUAGACUGGUGGAAACGGUGGCGGAGCAGGGCGAGGACAUGCAGGGCUAUGUCACGGAACUGCUGCUCACCCUGGAGGCGGCUGUGGAUAGCUUGGACUCGGACUUCCGACCCCUGGACGUGAUGAAGGACAUAUUCAAGAGCACGCCCAAUCUGAACAACAAGGACGGCGGGCCCAAUUCCAUCCUUCCCGGCAAGAAGUCACCAUCCGGCACCACGCCACAGUCCUCGAACUACUCGAUACCCAGUCACGGCCGGAGCACCAGUUACUCGGUGUCCUAUUGUGGUCGGAAGGCCAACAACUCGCCCUGUGACAAGCAGGUGGAGCUGAGAAACCGAUCGUCGGGCAUCGAUUUGGAGCGCAGCGUGGUCUGCAAAUUUGGCGUGGGCGGUGGUGGUGUGGGAGCUGGCUCGGCUCUGUCUCGAUCCCGCAGCGCCCAGAGCCUCAAGAUGCUGGGCGACACGGCCACGCAGGACGACAAGAUGACCAUACUGGCACAGCUCUUCUGGCUCUCCGUCUCCCUGCUGGAGUCUGACUACGAGCACGAGUUCAUGCUGGCGCUGCGACUGCUGACCAGGGUUCUGCACCGCCUGCCCCUGGAUCGUCCCGAUGCCCGCGACAAGGUGGAGAAGUUGCAGCAGCAGCUCAAGUGGACCGCCUAUCCGGGUGUGCAUGCAUUGCUACUGAAGGGCUGCACUCAUAGUGCCACCUAUGAACCAACUAUAACCCUUCUCUCCCAGUUUGCGCCUUUGCUGACCCUGCCCGUCUGUGAUCCCACCCAGAGCUGCGCCUUUCCCAUGAAUGUGAUCGCCCUGCUGCCCUACAUGCUGUUGCACUAUGAGGAUGCCAACGAGAUUUGCAUCCGCAGUGCGGAGAACAUUGCCCAAGUGUCCACGGAGCUGGGCGCGAAGCUGGAGAACCUGGGCACCGUGAUGACCCUCUACAGCCGGAAGACCUUCUGCAAGGAGUCCUUCCAGUGGACCAAGUGUGUGGUCAAAUAUCUCCACGACACCUAUGCGCACAUGGGCCUUCACAUGGUGGCGUUCCUUAUCGAGGUUUUGGAGAAGGGACCGCAGCAGGUUCAGGUGCCAGUGUUGAAUGUGAUCCACUGCAUGCUGCACUACGUGGACUUGUCGGCACCGCAGGCUCAGACCAUCAAUGCGGAUCUGUUGAGGGCCAUUGGGAAGUACUUGGAUACGGUGAACUGGAAGGACUCGCUGAAGAUCCUGAAGCUGAUCGUGACCCGGAGCUCGUCCCUGCAGGUGGUGCCACCCAGUGACGGCAGCAGCGCCGGCUUAUCGUUCUCUUUCUAUGGCGCAUAUCCGGACUCGGAUAUGUUCUGUAAAAAGGAACUGGCCGGUCGCACCAUGGAGUUCACGUUCGACGUGUCGCAAACGCCGCUGAUCGGUCGUCGUAUCCUGUUAAAGACGGAGGAGCCGGUGGCCACCGGUGCCGUCUCCACCACGGGCAGCUCCUCGCUAAACUCCACGCUCACGAAUGCCACCACAGUGACGGUGGCGCCCAUUGGUGCUGUCCAGCAGCAGACCAAUGCCCAGCUGCAGUUGCACCAGCAGCAGCAGCAGCAGCAGCGGGCCCACACCAAUGUGGCGGCCAUGGCGGCCGCAGCAGCUGCCCAGCAUCAGCAGCAACAGCAUGCCAUUGGGGCAGGGAGCAGCGUGGUGGGCACACCCAAUUCACCGCGGCGCAGUGCCAGCCUCUCGCCGGCGGACACCGUGCCACUGAGCGGAUGGAAGCGGCCCUGGAUGUCGCAGUGUCGAGUGCGUGAGUGCCUGGUCAAUCUGCUGACCACCUGCGGGCAGCGGGUCGGACUGCCCAAGUCGCCAUCGGAUGAUUUCAUAAACUCAAUUUGCUCAAAGGUGAUCUUCAGUCAAUCUUCGGAUCUGAUGGAGCGCCAAUCCUCGGCCGCAUCUUCCACGGAAGAGACCUCGGGUCCUCAGGGAGACCUGAGCAGCGGCUCGAGACGCGACGAUGGCCAGCCCGAUUUCACCGUCUUCAAGGACUUUGAUUUCCUGGAGUACGAGGACAGUAUUGCCGGCGAGUCCACGGACAACUUCAAUUGGGGCGUUCGUCGUCAUCAGCUCUUCGAGGGCGAUGAGGACCGCUUGAAUUGCGGCAGUGGCAUCGGUGGCUCCACCAAGGGAGGUCACUCAUCCGCCCUGGAGGACAGCUUCAGCGACAAGACUCCCAUUUUGAGCAAGAGAAAGCGACAGAUUGCGGACGAUUCGUCAGAUGAGGAGGCUGAAUCCGAGUCGCCUUUGGAUGAGGAUCACCGCCAGUCGUUCUUGAAGUCGGGCUACAGUGCUGUGCCUCCCACAUCGUUGAGUCUGCGUGAGCGAAGGCGUCGCAACUCGGUGUCGCGAAGCGAUACCAGUGGCUCCAGUGCUGGCGACUUGGGUGAUCUCACACCCUGCAAUGCCUCGCCCCAUUUACCCGGCAUCAUUCGCUUUGCCGCCAUUCGCGACGAGGCGGAGGAGAACUGGCGCCGUCAGCUGCAGGCCAUGUUGGUCAACCAGCCCUCGGCACACACCUCGGAACUACUGCAGCAGUUGUACCGGCUGAUCAAGGAGCUCACCUUCAAGACCAUCAGCAUUUCCAAGGAGGCGAAGAAGUUCUUUACCGGCAUUGGCUCACAGCUGGGCAAUAGGAUCUCCCUCUUCACGGAUCUGCUGGGUUCUCGGGCAGAUCCUCCGCAGGUUUGGUGCAGCGAGCUGCAGGCCACCACUCCCAAGCUCUUUGAGACGCUACGCUUCAAUGUUCUGGAGGUGCAGGAGCAUCUGGAGACCUUUUUCGAUCGCAAGGAUCAGGUCUUGGAGUGCCUGGAUGCAGUGAAGACCAGUUGCAAACUGUCGCUCUUCAACGAGGCGGAUGUGGCUGCUUCCGGCCUGGAGUUGCCCACUUCUUCCAGUAUAGCCUACAUGCCCUUUGACCCAGCCUCCACUGAGGUGGUGCUCGACUUGGGACGCUCUCUCUACAAGCUGAUGUUCCAACUGCUGCUGCUUAUCGAAUCCAAUCACAAGAUAUCCUCGAAUGUGGUGAAUCAUUUCCGUAUCAACGAAGACAUGCAUGACAUAUCCGAUCUCUAUGCCCUGGUUCGCGAUGCACUGGAGCGCUACACCAGCGAGGCCGAACUGGACUGCUUGGAGUCCUCCACCUCAACGGAGGGCGAGCACACGCCCACGCCUUCUCCUGGCCUGCCCAUGACCCACGAGGAGUUCGAGGCCGCCCUCACCGAGCACAUCGAACUGGAGCGAUGGCCCAGCGCCGUAGCCCAUGUGCGCCAGUAUCGACGAAUUUCGACGCUUAACGCCAGCGGUGACCAAAGCCUGACCAUAUUUGGCUACAGCGGCCUGGACAAUCGGCAGAAGUGCGAUGAGAUGUCCGUCAUACUAAAUGCUUAUGCGCAUGGUAUUAUGAAGGAUCGAACAGCAGAAUCCUUCAUUGUGUCCAAAUCCGACUCGGAGCUGUUCGAGAUCUAUGCCAUUCUCUCGGAGAACUUGUAUCACGUAUCCAGCGCCCUGACUAACAUGGAGAUCAGCAUGAAGAGCUACACGGCGGGCAGCACAUCGGGCAAUUUGCAUCGCAGCGAACAGGACAUUGUGACAAAUCUUUAAAGUAAUCUGUAGACUAAGUUUAUCGCAGAUGUAAGCUACCUUUUAUAAUUAAUCUACUAGUAUCUAAGCUGCAUACUAGACACUGCGGUGUACCUAAGGGAUCAUUAUUAUUGAGUUAGGUACGAUCCAAAUAUAUUUAUCAAUUACA